GAUAUUCAAUAAAUAGGUUUUAUAUCGAUUUAAAUUACAUAAUAACGAAUAAAAGUUUUUCGGGACUCGCAUAUAGUGCUCGUGUAAAAGCAAAGCAAUGUGAAAGUAGACAUUAGGGGACACGCCCCCUUGUGGAUCUUUCAUCCUCAGCCACUGAAUUCUACGUGAUACGACUUGAUAAUCCUCGUUACUAUUCACACAAAUCAAUACAUCGGCUGUCCCAGAAAUAGCCUUAGUAUCGGAGAGAUACAGAGAGCAGCCUGCUAUGAAGCUGACAUGUAUAAAGACUUGGAGCUAGAUGGUGUGAUCAUUGAGAACAUGAAUGACGUGCCCUAUCAACACAGUACAGCUGUCGGCCAUGAGGUCAGUGCCUGUAUGGCGGUCAUUUGUGCAGCGGUCAAGUCAGUGAUGGGGGUGAAACCAGUGGGUGUCCAGGUCCUGGCUGGGGCAAAUACACAAGCCCUGGGAGUUGCCAGGGCAGCAGGAUUAGACUUUAUCAGGGCGGAGGGCUUUGUGUUUUCCCAUGUUGCUGAUGAGGGAAUGAUGAAUGCCUGUGCUGGAGAUCUGCUCAGAUACAGGAGGCACAUAGGGGCUGACGGCAUACAGGUGUUUACUGACAUCAAAAAGAAACACAGUGCACAUGCAAUUACCUCUGAUGUGAGUAUCAAGGACACAUCUAAAGCAGCAGAGUUCUUCCUUAGCGACGGUGUAAUCAUCACAGGGGGGGCCACUGGACAGGAAGCUGAUGUCAUGGAGAUGAAAGAUGUAGCUGAUGCAGUAAAAAUCCCUGUUUUGAUUGGUUCAGGAGUGACCAAGGACAAUUUACAUAUGUACGCAUCAGCCAAUGGUCUUAUUGUCGGAUCACAUUUCAAAAAAGAUGGUCAUUGGCAGAACGAAAUUGACCCCUGGCGAGUGCAUGCCUUUAUGGAGGAGAUACAGAAGGUGCGAGAGUCUGAUACCACUAGAUGAUGGCUAGCUACUCCACGGUAUCACCGAUGUGUUCAGAACUCGGGACCGUCCACCGCGAUGUGUUCAGAUUUCUAACUCGGGACCCGUCCACCGCAGAUCCUACACUCUACCAAUGUUGCCAUACAGUAAUUGUAAAUGCAUAGUUUCAAAACUUAUAGAUGAAUGCCUUGCCAAGGGGAGUAACUAUAACCCAAGGGGAGUAACAAUAGCCAAGGGGAGUAACUAUAACCCAAGGAGAGUAACUAUAACCAAGGGGAGUAACUAUAAUCCAAGGGGAGUAACUAUAACCAAGGGGAGUAACUAUAACCCAAUGGGAGUAACUAUAGCCAAGGGGAGUAACUACAACCCAAGGGGAGUAACUACAACCCAAGGGGAGUAACUACAACCCAAGGGGAGUAACUACAAACCAAGGGGAGUAACUAUAACCCAAGGGGAGUAACUAUAUCCAAGGGGAGUAACUAUAACCUAAGGGAAGUAACUAUAGCCAAGGGGAGUAACUAUAACCCAAUGGGAGUAACUAUAACCAAGAAAAAGCCCUUGAAGUUGCUUUAUCUUCUAUAUGAAUUUUCGAAGAGGAGAAAAACAUAUCCAAAGCACAACUUACUUCAUGUUUCUUAGGUAAUAGGUUUGUUUCACCAUUUAUGAGUAGAAUUUCUUCAAAUUUUGUAGAUAUAAUGCUUUGAAGUAAAGAAAAUUUUCUGUCACAAAAAAAUAUAGG